GAUCCGCCUGAAGUGUAACCCUAGCAACAAGGACCCUCGGAAAACUGCCCGCCUUCUCUAGUAAAACAGAGAGAGAAGGAGAGGUGCAGAGGCGUAGAGCGAGAGGUCGAGAGGGAAAGAUUGUUGCUUCGAGCUCUAUUGUGAGUUGUGAUAGAAGGGAGGCACAGCUCCACGGAAGCUAAAAUGUCAAAGCGGGAGCUUUCGAGUACUUUGAAGAACUUGAAGUUCAUGCAAAGGGCAAAUCAAAAAGAGGAGAAAUCGAAGAAGGAAGAAGAGGUUAAACCUGAGGACAACUUCUUUUCACCCAAUACCGUUAAAAGAAAAUGUGUGGUUAUAAUGGAAGGAGAUCCCCAUCCAGGAGCAACAAAAGGGCGCAUGUCAUUUCAAAAUUUUAAUCCUGCUAUUGAUAAACUGAAUGAUGCAGCCAACCCUUGUCAGCCAGCAGUCUCUGCCACCUGUUCUAACAAUCAAAGUGAAAAAAAUUGUAGAGAAAACAGGUCUUCAUUAGAUGGAGAAGAGAGCAUGAAUGUGGAUAAACCCAACUGCGAUUCAAAUGGAGACCUUAAACGGAAACAGCCUGAAGAAGUGUCUGAGUCUCGACGUCCAAGCAAAUCACCCAAGGAUGACCAAGGUGCUCGGAAAUCAUCCCCAAACAACAGUAGAGGUUCUCACAAGCAAUCAAAGCACGAGAAGCUGGACUGGAAUGUUCUGAGACCACCAAAGAGUCAGAACAAAAGAGCAUAAACUUAAUCAGGCCCUUGCCAUUCACAUUCACAAUGGUUUGACGUCCUCUCUAUCUACUAGCAGCUCCUAAUAGUAUUUGAAUUUUGUAACCUUGUAAUUCUACUAGUAAUGGUAGUCAAAUUUCUUAUCCAGCGUUUAUCUAUUCAUUUUUAGAGGGAUGGGAUUUGUUUUUCUUUCCUGUUCUUUUCUCUUUUCUUUUUCAAUUAGUUACUGUCAUUCCCAUAACUGUGAAAGAAAAUUGUAUGCUACUGUCGAUCUAAGGGUGUGGAUUCUGCACUCUUCAGGGCACCAUCUUUUCAAGCCUUCUGGAAUUUGACA